AUGGACCCCUCCUCAAAUCCGUCUGUUACAAUCACGCCUCAGCCUGAAGUGCUAUUGCCCUCGUCCGUCUUCACACGCCAGACGCUGGUCAUAGCGUCCUUGUCGCUGGGGAUUGUCCUCUUAGCCAUAUUUUUCAUCCUCACCCGACGGAGGACUAGCGCGAGAGGGGAUGCCGUCCUCUUAGUUGGACCUCUUGACGCGGGCAAGACUGCUAUUCUUUCCACUUCCAACUCAGCUGUGGUUCCUUUGGCGCAGAAGACCUUGCGGAUCAUUGAUAUUCCUGGACAUCCUCGAAUCCGAGACCAAUUCCGCGAGCACAUGCAGGAUGCUCGGGGGAUUGUUUUCGUAGUCGACGCAAGCACUGUUGCUCGUGCGGGUCCCGCUGUUGCAGAGCAUCUGCAUCAGGUCCUCCACGCUAUCACAUCUUUGCCGCCAUCGCGGCCGACCCCCGCGUUGCUUAUUGUUGCGCACAAGUCUGACCUCUUGAAGCCGACCGCUCAAGCCACGCCGGACCAACUUGCCAUCAAUCGUGUCCGUACAAUCCUCGAACGUGAACUCGAGCGGCGACGCGCAUCUCAAGCCGGCGGUGUAGGCAUUGAGGGCCUGGGCGCUGAGGGCGCUGAGUCAGAGCUGGGAGGGCUCGAGUGCAGCGGGGCCGGUGAAUUCAAGUUCGAGAACUGGGAAGGUGGGGAUGUGUCUUUCGUUGGCACGUAUGUCGCCGUAGGGGCAACGGUGUACCAUGGGUUGCAUUUCAUGCAGGACCUCGUUAGCGAGAUGGUGCAUGAUGACCCCAUACGUCGACCUUCGGCAGCACAGGUUGUCGCACGUUUUGAUGCACUGUGUCCAACGCUAAACUUUUGGAUACUGCGGUCAAGAUUGGUAAAACGUGAUGAAUCGUGGCUCGGGCGUAUUUUCCGUGGGAUCUGGCAUAUCUUCCGAACAGCAGGCCACGUUCUAGCUAGACAUCCUACAGUGCCUACCCCAUAG